AUGGAAGACUCCAUCGAAGUGAUCAUGCAGGAAUAUGGGACGAUUCUCCCUUUGAGCAGACCUCAUCCUGUGUUGUCUGCUUGCACGGGUGCUCUGUUAACAGGCCUCUACGGAGUGUGGAGUCUCUUUACCAUGCCCGGCUUCCGCAAAAUCCCAUCCAAUCUGAAGGUGCCAUAUUUGCCCUCCAGUAAAGAGCAGACGCUAAACAUUAUGAAACUGCUUGAGGGCCGCACUGGUCGCUUAGCAGAUCUGGGAUCAGGAGAUGGGAGACUGGUGUUUGCUGCCUCGUCUGCUGGCUUUAAGUGUACAGGGUUCGAGAUUAACUCCGUUCUUGUCACAUAUGCCAGGUCAAAGGCCAGCUGGAACGCAGUGCCUUCUAGCCAGGCUGUCUUUGUUAAGAAAGACUUUUGGAGGAUUGAUUUAUCACAAUAUGACAAUGUGACGGCUUUUCUCGCUCCAGGAGCGAUGGAUGCACUUGGAGAGAAGCUGCUGAAAGAGCUCCCUGACAAUGCGCGUGUCAUAGCUUGCCGCUAUCCUUUCCCCUGCUGGCCUCACCAGUCGAGGCUUGGUUCAGGACUCAACCAGACGUGGGCUUACGACGUCGGUGCCGUGAGAUCCGGUCUCAGUCGGAGUGUCACCGUAGGUGACCAGCAGGAGUCACAGUGA